GGCCGCGAUGGAGGAGUGAGGGCGGCGGGCAGGGAGCGGCCGUCCGCGGCGCUAUGGAGACGGUGCAGCUGAGGAACCCGCGGCGGCAGCUGAAGAAGUUGGAUGAAGACAGCUUAACCAAACAGCCUGAAGAAGUAUUUGAUGUAUUGGAGAAGCUUGGAGAAGGUUCCUAUGGCAGUGUGUUCAAAGCUAUUCAUAAAGAGACGGGUCAGGUGGUUGCAAUCAAACAGGUUCCUGUGGAGUCUGACCUGCAAGAGAUUAUAAAGGAGAUAUCCAUAAUGCAGCAGUGUGACAGCCCUCAUGUGGUGAAAUAUUACGGCAGCUACUUCAAGAACACAGACCUGUGGAUCGUCAUGGAAUACUGCGGCGCUGGAUCCGUGUCUGAUAUUAUUCGGUUACGAAAUAAAACUCUUACAGAGGAGGAAAUUGCUACGAUAGUACAAUCAACGCUGAAAGGGCUGGAGUACCUGCAUUUUAUGAGGAAAAUACAUAGAGAUAUCAAAGCUGGAAAUAUAUUGCUAAAUACAGAGGGACAUGCUAAGCUUGCAGAUUUUGGAGUGGCAGGACAACUCACAGAUACCAUGGCAAAACGGAACACAGUUAUAGGGACCCCGUUUUGGAUGGCUCCAGAAGUGAUUCAAGAGAUUGGAUACAAUUGUGUUGCAGACAUCUGGUCACUGGGAAUCACUGCAAUAGAAAUGGCUGAAGGCAAACCACCAUAUGCAGAUAUUCAUCCUAUGAGGGCAAUUUUCAUGAUUCCUACCAAUCCGCCUCCAACGUUUCGGAAACCAGAGCUCUGGUCGGAUGCUUUCACAGACUUCGUGAAGCAGUGUCUUGUCAAGAGCCCUGAGCAGCGUGCUACUGCAACACAGCUUCUGCAGCACCCAUUUGUUAAAAGUGCCAAAGGAGCAUCAAUUCUGCGCGAUUUGAUUAACGAAGCGAUGGAUAUCAAACUGAAACGCCAGGAGGCACAACAGCGUGAGCUGGAUCAAGAAGAUGAAGAAAAUUCAGAGGAAGAUGAAACUGAUUCAGGUACCAUGGUGAGGGCAAGUGGAGAUGAAACUGGUACCAUCAGAGUGGUCAACACAAUGAGCGAUGGAGCCAACACCAUGAUAGAACACGAUGGCACCUUGGAAUCCCAGUUGGGUACAAUGGUCAUAAACACCGAAGAUGAAGAGGAGGAGGGCACCAUGAAAAGGAGGGAUGAAACAAUGCAGCCAGCCAGACCAUCAUUCCUGGAAUAUUUUGAGCAGAAAGCAAAGGAGAAUCAAGUCAAUAGCUUUGGGAAGAAUGUAUCUGGCCAGACAAAAAACUCAUCUGAUUGGAAAGUACCACAGGAUGGAGACUACGAGUUUCUGAAGACAUGGAGUGUGGAUGAGCUGCAGAGGAGGCUGUCAGCGCUGGACCCCAUGAUGGAGCAGGAGAUCGAGGAGAUCCGCCAGAAGUACCAGUCCAAGCGGCAGCCCAUCCUCGAUGCCAUUGAAGCCAAGAAGCGGCGGCAGCAGAACUUCUGAGCCACGGGUAGAAUGUCCUUCCAGCCUCCAGCAAUCAGCUCCUUGCUUCUGUGACUACUGAACAGGUUGAUUUCUAUUGAAAUACGCUAGCAAAAUAGAGGGCAAUACUUCUGCUCAUUUAUUUUUCCAUAGCACCUUUGUGAACUCAGGAAUGCCAUUAAGUGGAGAAUCCUUGUGGUGUGUUUUAAUUUAGGCACAUAUUUAAAGCAGUAUCCGAAGGAGUUCUGUUACUGUUUUUAGAUGGAUUAUUUUUAAGUCAGAUGAGUGGAUAGAAAUAGACCAAUGGAAGAUGGCUCACUCUCUUUUCAACUGAACCUUUCCAUACUCCGUUUUAAGUUAAUAUGAAUUGUGUAUUUAAUGGCUGCAUCUGUUGUGGGUUUUUUUUUAUUGUUUUUGUUGUUCUUUGUGAAUGCACAGACUCUGUUUCAAGCUGAUGACUGUAUGGUUCUGCUGUUAAGGUACUGAUAAGUUUUAGGUCGUUGAAGAGAGUAGAUGAGAACACCUACAGACUGUCCCAGCUGUUUGGAAGGCACUUAAAUCUCAUUUUUAAAAAGCUGUAAUAAGCCCCAUGCCUUACACUUUGUGCUUUGAUCGAGUGGGAUUUCUUCAAGAACUUGUUUUUGUCCUUUGCUUGUGUACGUUAGGAAUUAGUAUGAGUAGAUGAAGUGUGUUGUGCCUCCAGGAGAAGUUACAUUCUGUAAUUUAAAGCCCACUUUGACUUAAAGCCGAAAGCCAAUCAAUGAUCUGACCUAAAACAAAGCAGAUUCCCCUCCGUCUGUCCUUCUGCUGACAGCAGAGUGCUGGGAGGGCAUGGUGUGUGAAUGGGUGGAAGUCAUUGAACCUCUCUCAGAAUUUGGUACUUCUGCUGUGUCUGAGAGCACUGCAAGGACUCUGCAGUGUGUGAAAUAUUUCAUACGCUUCAUCAUUUCACAUUUACCUCUUUAGGUGCUGGAAUAAAAACUUCACAAUACUUUGCAUUUCUGCCAGGCUUAGCACGUCAGAAAGUUAAACAGAAAGCAGACAUUCGUUGGGUUAUCAGAGAUGUGCAUUGUUGGAUGGAGUGGGGGCAGAGCUGAUCCAGAGAGGCCAAUGGCUGAUGUCCCAAUAGCCAAUGUCUGGGAAGAGAUUCAUUCUGUUCAGUCCCUCUGAGUGCUCCUUUCUCAUUAAAUUUCCCGACACGGGUCUAUGGCUGAAGAUGCCCUGCUUGUACAAUCAGUGAGGAUGGUGCACUUCGCUCCCACUGGUGGAGCUGAGGAGGAAACUGAAGCAGCGUGAGGUGAGCCCAGAUCUGGGCACAGAGCGAGUGAUGCCUCUGCACAGCUUUAGGUGUACCUAGCUUAUGAUGAAAUAUUUGGACAGAACCACGUAUUCCUACCGAUUUGUUUUUGUUAUGCUCUGAUGGAGAGAAGAGUUUCCAUGCAAUCCUCUGAAACAGGCCUUGGUGCUUCCCGCAGGUCAUUAAACAGCACUGUCUCCUGAAUCAAAUGCUGCUCAUUCCAUGCCUCGAGAGGCUCUCAUUCCCUGCUUGCAGCAGACUGCUGACUACUGUUAACAGGCAUACUCCAUUGCUGUGAAAGGAACCAAGCCAUUUGUACCCCCUGCAGAUCUGGCUGCAUCGGUUCGUCCCAGGGUGAGCAGCACUGCUCUGCAAGCCUGCUUUGUACCUCUGGUGGGCAUAGAGAUGUGGCACGUGGCAAACCGUGCGCUGCUGGGUGUAAUUCCGGUCAGGCAGAUCCUGCUGGGAGUAGUUUUACCUCUGCACUGUGUAGGUAACUUUCUGGUCAUCGUAGGGCAUUAGAAAACCUGAGUUUUAGGUGAAGCACCACAUUGUGGUGUGUGCUUUUGGAUUAUGCAACCUGUGUCUGCUGUAACUGAAUGUAAGCACUGUUGAGAUGCUCUGCUUUGCUGGUGCGAUUGUCUUAAAAUACAGCAAAUGAACCAAAAUAAGUAAAACUGGCCCAACUGCCUUUGAACCUUUCUUACAAGCUUGCGGUGGCUGAGGCUUGGUGAUAUUUCUUGCACUUAGAGUUCGAAUUACUUUCUCCUUCACUGAUUGUCAGGUAGAGAGAAAUUAAUUCCCUUUCUGAUGCCCUUGUAGAGCACUGUACCCUCUUAGUUCUCAGAGCCCUACCGACUAAGACCAAGGCUCCCACCCUCCAGGAGAGCUGUUCUGACAAGGUUUUUAAGCAAAGCAGUUGCUUAAUUGUGAAGCUGCAUUCAGGUGCUCCUUGGGCCCAUCUGCAUUGCUGAAAGCGUUCUGGACAAACCAUGAUCUUUGCUUCUGAAACCCAGAGAUGCUGAUGAUGUCAGUCACAUGAGACUUAAUAAUGUGAAGUUUGUAGCUUUAACUUUUUUGUAACAAAUUAGCAACACUGGCAUAAAGUGCUGACUUGAAAUGCUCUUUUGUAAGGUCUGCCUGUUUGUAUAUAAUAGUGUUGGGUCUUUAGUUUAUGUAUGUAUGAAAUAGUAACUUUUACUGCAUUCCUCUGAGUUUGAUACAGGAGGUUGUGUUUGAUCUUUCUCAACAUUUCUUGCCUUAUUUGUUUAAAAGGGCAAAUAAACUGUCCU